GACAGAGAGCGAACUAGAAAUUUCUCGCAGUCGAGGUUGAACAUCGGAAGAGCAUGGAGUACCAGCGUCGCUGUCUUCUGUUAAGUCUGUUCCUAGUCGGUCUCUUGGCAGCGGGCUGCCGAGCAGGUGAUGACGACGACGACGACGACGAGGAAUAUCAAGAAGUUAAGGCAUUUUUACUACACUACGGAUAUUUGAGGCCUUUGGCAGAUAUUACACAGCAUUAUGACGAUGAUGAAUUCGAAAAUGCAUUAAGUUUGAUGCAGUCAUUCGCCAACAUCAACAACACGGGUCUGAUAGAUGGCAACACACUUGCGAAAAUGCGCAUGCCUAGAUGUGGUAAUCCUGACAGCGAUGGCGCGGAGUCAUUACGCAAAAAGAGAUACAACUUGGCCGGCCCAAGGUGGAAAAAACGUUCAUUAACUUACAGAAUUGCAAGAUUCACAGAGGAUUUCAGUCAAAUCUUAGUUGAACAAGAGAUCGAGCGGGCAUUUAAAGUUUGGAGUGACGUCACACCGCUAACUUUCCGUAAAGUCCCUGCAGGAAACUGCGAUAUCGUUGUUCUAUUUGCAAGGGAGGAACAUGGAGAUGGCCAUUCAUUUGAUGGCCGUGGUGGUACCUUAGCGCAUGCGUACUUUCCGGGACCAGGUAUUGGCGGAGACGCUCAUUUCGAUGACGAUGAACAUUUCACAAGUAGAAGGUCUUCAGGAACAAAUCUGUUUUUGGUUGCUGCGCAUGAGUUUGGACACAGUUUAGGACUCGGUCAUUCUGAUCAAAGAGGUGCUCUGAUGGCACCGUACUACCAGGGAUAUAAACAAAAUUUCAUACUACCUAGAGACGACAUAAGAGGAAUACAAGAACUUUAUGGAGUGAAGAAAACUCCAUCCCGUCCAAAUGAACCAAAACCUCCAAUCCAGCCCCCACGGAAACCAGGAAGUCCACCAGCUGCGCCCCCGAAUGCUUGCAUGCAGAGGUUCCAAGGGGGAUCGAUUAUCCGAGGCGAGAUAUUCCUAUUCCAAAAUGAAAUUUACUGGCGCUUGAAGAGUCCAGGUGUAGUGGUGCCGAACCACCCAAUGAAUGCCGAGAACUUGUGGUACGGUUUCCAAUCUGAUAUCGAUGCCGUCUACGAAAGAAAAGAUGGAACAAUCAUAUUUACUAAAGGUUCGGAUUACUGGGAGUACAACGGUGUUGUACCUAAGCCCGGGUUCCCAAAAUCUUUGGCCGAUAUUGGUCUGCCUCAAGAUAUUGAUGCCGCCUUCGUGUUUCCCAACAACGGAAAGACAUAUGUGUUCAGGGGUUCGCGCUACUGGAGAUACGACGAAAGGCAACGAGAAGUGGAUAGUGGAUAUCCUAAAAAUAUUAGAGAAAACUGGAAAGGAAUUCCGUCAAACGUUGAUGCAGCUUUUCCAUACAAUGGUUUCACUUACUUCGUUAGAGGUCAGGAAUAUUGGAAAUUUAACAACGUUAAUCUGCAAGUCGAACGUGGAUAUCCUAAGAAUUUCCCGCAUGAUUUUCUGGACUGUAAAACAGCGAGGCGGUUUAUCGAAAGAGACCCUGCGUUUCAAAACUCAGCUUUGCCAAUAACUGCCGCUAGUUUCGGUCUUUUGUCGAUCGUUUCACUCGCCACUCUUUAUCUAUUCUAGGCAACCAUUCCCCUUAAAUUGCAAUAACUUGUCUGAUUAAAUUUCUUUUGUACACUAUAGAAUGUACAUAUUGAUUUGUAUUUUUAUUGUUUUCAAUUUUUGUUUUCGUAUUAUUUUAUAUAUCAUUUGCUAAAUAUAUCGAGCUAGAGGCCGACAAUAGAAACAAAUGUAUUUAAUUAAAGUUUCGGAUGCCGGCUUACAUCCGCAAUAGGCUUUUAAUCAUUAUCUCAUCGCCAAUUGAAUAUCGCAUAUGACUUAAUUAUUCUCAUUACUUUCAGGCAAGGAAAGAUGUACAUUUUUAUACUAUAAACUAGGCCUAUAUAACACUAAACAGAACCAAUUUGGAUUUGGCCCACUUUGUUUUCCACUGCUGGCGGAAAAGUCUAGGUGUAACAUUUAUUUGGAACAAUGUGUGUUCAAGUUGAAAAGAUAUUACCAAAUACAUGUUUUACUUUAGUAUAGGCCUAUUGCAAUAUAUAUCAAUAAGGCAAUUAUACUGUAAUAGCGAGAUAUUAUAUUCAAUCACGAUUUGAAGAGUAGAUCGUGUAUUCUGCUGUAGGUGGCGGCAGAUAUAAAAUAUUGACACUGAUUUAUUUUUUCACAUGAUUUAUCUAUAGAGGUAUUAUAACACAUUCGUAAAAUAAAUCCAUGGGUGUCUAGCCAUGCAAGAAAUAAGUUAGUUUGUAAAUUAAUGUAUUUCCUUCAAGAUCUAACACCAUUAUCCUGACACGAUAACUCGAUGUGUUAAUAACGAGUUUAAUUGGCGAUGCGUUUAAUCGAUUAAAUUUUAAAACGCUAUAUUCAAAAUGUUGUAAAUAGUUUGUGAUUAUGAGAUUGUGUAUAAUGUUGUUUUCCAUUUACAACCACUCUGAAAUUUCUUUAUUUUUCUAGGAACAUAUUAACUGCUGCAUGUAAUUACAUACUACAAACAUAAUACAAAUCGCCAUGAGUAAACGGAUUCAACAUCGAUUUGAAAAUACUGUAUUGUAUUCUCGUUAUAGGUGAAUAAAAGGUGAAAUGUUUAUAAACUUUGGAUUUUUUUUCUUCUUUUGAAGAAUUAGGAACGGGAUAUGUCAAAUGUUAUUAUUACCGGCUUUAAUUCAUAUUUUGGGUUCGAUUAAAUGUUGUUGAGUUUGUAGCUUAGUGGUUAAGAUGAUUGCUUUCCAAUCUCAUUAUCAUGGGUUCAAUUUCUGUCACUGUAACAUGUUUUUUUUUUUAUCACAACCAGAAACAACUCAUAAUGAGACUUAGUUUAUGUAGAGCAGUGUUUAUGUUUGUCUUGUGACAGGAAUGUAAAAAAAAAGGUGGGGUGGGGUGACCAGGGUUAAAUUCUUGCGACACUAGAAAUUUUCUCACGACAAAAAAAAACAAAAAAAAACUCGUCUUCUAAGCCUCAUAGAAAGACUAUCUAGGAUGCAAUUGGUGAGUUGCAUUCUGUUCUGGUUGUGGUUGGAUGGGAAUUACUUUUUAAAAAUCAUUCGACCUAAACUGUUUAGAAUCAAAUAGAAAUAAUAAUAAUAAUAACAAAAACACUACUUCUAAUGGAAGGGGUAUUAAAGAGACAUGUACAUGGAUACCACACGAAGUUCAUUAUAAAAAGAAAAUUGAAAUCAUAUUUAUGUAUUUUGAAAUUGCUUUCGUAUUUAGCGCCCUCUAUAUCGUCACCACUUGCAAAUUAAUGAGUAUACUAGCUGAGCUAGUUUCUGCUGAACCAAUCUUAAAGGUAAGGUGAUUAUUGUUCAAAAAGAUUAAGCUAUGUAUUUAAACUAUAUGAAUGUACUUAAUUAUUGCAGCCCAAUCAUCAACUAAUGAAACAAACAUGGUAUAGCACCAGAAUUUGUUAUAAACUCCAACAAAAAAAAA